AUGGAGAAUAAGCAUGAUGGCAAUCUCUCAAAAAAAAUCGAGAAACUGCGUGCAAGCAAGGAAUACGCAUCUCCCGUGGUUUCUCCAGAGGGAUAUGGAUCUUUUAUUUCUGCCCGAGACUCAUUUCAUGGGCCAUUAGAGCCUUUACAUGUCCAGGCGAAGUUGCUCAAAUCAGAGGCUGAUGCUGCGAACAGCAAAGAUUCAGUUCAGUUGUACCUGGAGUCUCUGUUCUGCUAUCUCAGAAUACAAGCCCAAAUGAGCAAGAGUGAUAUGAAAGUAUAUCUGAAUAUGCUCAAGUUUGUAAUCAAGUUUACGGAGCAUAUUCACUCGCAAGCUGGGAAAUAUAACUGUAGCCAGGUUGCUAAGGCUCUAGAGUGGGCAUUGUUCAACUUAAAGCUAUUCAAGCUGAUCAAGGAUGCUGAUUUUCUGCCUAAGAACAUUGAUGCAGGUCUUUACCGCUAUGUCAUUGAUGUUAUUAAAGGCCUCGAUGUGUACUAUGAUUCAAAGUCUCCAGAGUCUAUAGAGAUAGUUCCGAUAGAGAGAAUCGAGGAAGGCAUUAAGAAAAGAAUGUAG